AUCUCCCAGUUUGCACCCAACUGACGGCCUCACAAAAAGCCUUUGGUCGCACUGGUGUUGGAAUCGAGUCAUUGAUCGUCUUUCCGGUCGGCUUGAAAGCUAAUCCCUGUGAUUGCUAGUGGAUCCGAGAGUUUUGCUGAGCGAUUCCUAAGUGGGCUGCGAUGUUGCUAGCUAUUGUACAUAGAGAGUAGAUUUAACUUAAUUAAUUUAUUUUUGUUUGGUAUACGAGGUUUUGCUUUUUGUAAGGUCUUGUUUAGAAUGAGAUGAGGAAUGGUAGAGGGAAGUGUGCGAGUAGGGAGCAGAGUGCGCGUUCGUCGCGGCCGCCAAGGCUUCGGUCCAUGAGGCGCGAGAAACUCGUGCAGGCGUCCACAAGUUCAGUUGGGUUGAAGCCAAGUUCUAGCAAGGAGAAGGCCAUCGAGUUCGACCCUGCCACUCUGGUGCCUGUGAUUGGCAAGAAAGACCCUACUCAAGUUGCGAAAUUCAACGAUGAUGGCGACAACCGGAUCGAUACAAACAUUACCUUUGAUGUGGACAAUGCUGCGAACGAGUCGGGAAAGGGGCUCCAAGACGACGAGAUCCAAAGACGUGAUAUGAAGGUCGCAGAUACGUUUCUUCUCGAGGACAGGAGCAUACCUGUUAACAAUCGAACAGCUGAUCCGGGACAAAUUCCCGUCAUUCCGGGUUUUUCAGUGGAAACCGCACUGGAGAGGUCGGCGAGUCUCACGGAUAGCGAGAAUCAGGGUUCUUUGACAGCGCCGCUAGCCACCAGUGAGACCGAGGGAGCGACAUCCCACAAUUCCAGAACCUCGGCUGACACGACGGCUUCUCCUCGGGAGCACCCGGCGAAGAGGUUUUGGACGUUGUCUUCUUUCAUGGCCUCCAAAUUGGUCAUGGAAGGAACGCGCGAGAAAAAAACAUGGACUAAUUCUGAUGGAGCACUCUGGCCGAAGGAUUGGCUACCACGUUUGCUUGAAGGAAUUCUCAACGGGAGAAAGCUGCGAGUGGUGGGCAUUGCAUACAACGCACAAGCAAGUUCGUGGCGAACUGGUGAUUAUGGUGUGAGAGCCGAUGGACAUAAAGCUAUUGCUCAUGAUUUGUUCCAGAUUCUGGUCGUGUCUGAAAGGUGUUCCUUGGGAAGAAAUCCAUUUGUAUUAGUCAGCCAUUCUUAUGGUGGUAUUGUCAUAAAGAGCUUGGUGGCCUAUUGCAAUGACGUUUCCAAUUUACCACAUGUGAGAGAAGUGGGUUAUCUCAAAAUUGCAGCAAUCGACGCCGCAGCUAAGUUUAUGGAAGAGCUCCAGGCGUGUGUGUUCUAUGGUGUGCCACAUAGAGGAUCAAUUUUUGCCACAAUCGCCAGUUGCUUUUUCAUGUGCAUGGGAAGGACUGUUUCCAUUGACCUGAGGCCUGGCAGUCGGGAAAUCUUGCAAUUGAAUAUGGAGUAUGAAUUGGCUAUUCGCAAGCGACAUGUGAUACAAUACGCAUUUAUUGAAACCAUUCCGGUGGUAUGGAACUGCAUGGUGGUAGAUUCUUCCUCUGCACGAGGGUUCCUUGAUGAUUUUGAAUGUGUGACUCUACCGGGCACCAGUCACAAGACUGUGUGCAAGCCUAGGACAAUUCAGUCUGUAGGGAUUGUAAAGUUUGUAGAGUUGAUCGAGAAAGUUGCUACAGUCCUGGAUAGUGCACCAUUAGUGGUGCCUAUCCCUACGAAUGAAAAUGCGUAUUCAGGCUACUUUAUUCACGGAGGUAGUGCGGCCCAAAACUGCAAUGAAGAGACCCAAGGACGUGAUAUGAAGGUCGCAGAUACGUUUCUUCUCGAGGACAGGAGCAUACCUGUUAACAAUCGAACAGCUGAUCCGGGACAAAUUCCCGUCAUUCCGGGGAUAAGGCCCCCUGCCCCCACGCAUAAGUGUGCGGCGGCGCAGUUCGGGUCCACGUUAUACGUGGGGAACUUGGCGCGGAGUGUUGGCAAAGCGGACCUUGCCAAGGUUUGCCAAGGUUUGCAUGUUGACGACGUGAAGAGAGUGAAGGUGAUUUAUGACCAGCAGAGCCGGAAGAGCCGAGGGUUUGCGUUCGUGACGAUGGCCACCAACGACGACGCGCACGCUUUGAUCAGUGCAUUGGACGGCUUUGAUAUGAGAGGGAGGGCCUUGAAGGUGAACUUCGCGCACAGCCCAAGUGGUUGAUGCCGCGGUUUAAAAGGCGAGAGGGGUGAGAGGGGGGGCAGGGGGGUUCUUUAUUAUUACUAGGUGGGAGCCCAAAACUGAGUUGAUAAUGUGGAGGUCAAACAAUGUUGAAAUCUAUGAAUGCAUGACGUAUUCGUUUCUGCAGUGAUUGUGUGUUU